AUGGCGGCCGCAAGGAACGCGAGGAAGAAGAGGCCGCCGAGGGAGACGACCACCACGAUGACGACGCUGUUGCUUGGGCUCGGCGGAGGCGGAGCAAGUGGUGCAACUGGGGUGGGUGGCGGGCGGAUAGGCGUCGGUGGCAGUUUAGGAGGUGGCGGUGGUGGCUGCCUCGACGGUGGGGUUGGUGGGGGUACAGCUGCAGGUGACGGCGGAGGGGGGCUUCGGCGAGGUGGAGGAGGUGGUGGGGUCACAAUUGGCGAGGGAGGCGGGGGACUCCGACGUGGUGGCGGAGGUGGUGGGGUCACAAUUGGCGAGGGAGGCGGGGGACUCCGAAGUGGUGGCGGAGGUGGUGGGGUCACAAUCGGAGGGGGAGGCGGGGGACUACGACUUGGUGGCCGAGGUGGUGGGGUUACAGUUGGAGGUAGAGCACAAGAUGGAUUAAAAGGGCGACAUGGGACGGGCCGGAAGGCCAUCGAUAAGUUUGAAAGGCUUGUAGUAGUGUGGAAUGAAGGAGCUAGGGAUGAGGAGGGAGGAGGGUUUGAGUGGGUAUUUGUACUAGUGCAGGGAAAGGGAAAACAGAAAGAGGAGUUGGAUACUGCUUUGGAAAAGAAAGUGGAGCCCGAACUGUCUUAUGGGAUUUUGACAAAUCCAGCGAGGGUCGUCCCUGCCCAAGAGAAGCACGUCAGAUUCCUUGAGGGAACCCGAUAUGUUCCCAUCAAGUUAGCACCCUCCGGAUUUGUGCUUUUGAAGGAUUUGCAACCAUCCAAAGUGGAGGUAUCAGGUUCUUCAGCGAUGGCGGUAGAUGAUGAGCCUCAGCUUCCACAAGCAUUCGAGUAUGGUGGUUGA